AUGCAGGCAGGUAAACUUCGUCCAAACCUGCUCACCUUGUCUGCUGCUUCAGCUGACUCACAUAUCUUCAUACAGAACGCUGGAACAUUACCGGCUGUCCACUUCUCUGUUUUACUUCUCUGUUCUGGUCUGUGUAAACCCUCAGGAGUGUGUUCAGAUCGUUGUGCUUCUGUUAAAGCAGCAGACAUGCCUGUGAUUGUGUAUUACGCCAGUGUAAGCGGUUCUCUGGAGCUGAAAAAAAAUCAAGAGAGGAUCAUGUCUGUCCUGACUUCCAAGAAAAUUCCCUAUGAAACCAAGGAUAUUACUCAAAACUCUGCAGACAAAGAUGCAAUGAGGAAGAAGGCAGGCAACCCGACUGCCAUGCCCCCGCAAAUAUGCAACGGAGACGUUUACUGUGGAGACUUUGCUGCAUUUGAAAAUGCGAUAGAAGACAACCAGUUAGAGGAGUUCCUCAAACUGGGAAGGAAAGCCUGAAUAUUGACGUUGGAUUCUCACUAAGAUCCCACUGAACAUGUUAACCAAUAUUACCUAAAAUCAUGCUUCUGUUCAUGGGAUAAGAAAUUCUUUAGUCUUGUUUAAUAAGAACUGCUCGAAUCAGACACACUAUCAAUCAAUCAUUCAACCUUUAUUUAGACAGGUAAUCCCAUUGAGCCUCGAGGACUCAUUUACAAGAGA